AUGGCAAUGACGCCAAGGUUCAAAGCCCUGAUCCCAACACCCGUGGUGGCUCAGGUGGUGCACCCAGACAUUCCCACAAAUCCAGCUACUGCGCAAGUAGAAGGAACCACUCACAACAGAGCCCUUAACAUCACCGUGGAAUGUCGCGGUAAAGCAAUAGGGAGGGUGUUGGUGGAUAAUGGAUCAAGCCUUAAUAUUUGCCCUGUCACCACAUUGACCCAACUCGGCUGCGAUGUAAGCAAGAUUCGCCAAAGUGGAACAAACGUCAGAGGGUUUGAUGGGUCUCUCAGUGAUUCCCUUGGAGAGAUAGACCUAGAGAUCCAGGUUGGACCCGCAUCCUUCAUAGCAGAAUGCCAGGUUAUAGCAAUCACUGCCAACUACAAUAUGCUCUUGGGAUGGCCCUGGAUACACUCCGCCAGUGCGAUUCCGUCAACUCUACACCAGGCCAUGAAAUUUGAAUGGCAGGAACAAGAAGUUGUUAUGACAGCUUAA